AUGAUACUCCGCCCAGAGAGAUGGAACGCUUCAGGCUCACUUGUGCCUGUGGUUGCCACAAGUCUCUUGUUGUGGUCCACCUUAUAUUCUAUCUCCAAGCCAAAUGCCCGCCGCCGUGUGACGAUCCCACUAGCAGCUGCCUUCACUGUCAUUGCGGCCCUUAACGCCCGCAACUUCUCCUCUAACGACAUCGUCAAUUCCAUCUUUGCCAGAUUUAUCAUCAUCUACUUCUCCCACUCCCUCUUCAUUCUUGGCUUUGUCUCCAGCCCCGAGCUCGAAGACGAACGGAAGAGAUGGUUAAUCGCAAGAUCCAUGAGACCUGGGGGAGCGCAUGGCCCAGCCAUUGACGACCAACAAAUAUCGGAUAAUGCGUCAGGGUCUUCAAAUUAUGUAUUUUCCUAUAAAGUUCUUCUGAAUCCCCUCUGUUUCGGGACCAAGUGGGAAGUACCGUUGAGAGCGGUCAGAGGGGGCGGAGGAGACUCACUGGCAACACGUUUCGCCCACAAAAGCAGGAGCAUCACUCCAGCAAGCGAUUUGAAACAACCUUCAUUUCCAUCGGAAAUUAGAGGCAAGACAUUACAGAAACCUAAGUCUCGUAUAAUGUUCAUUUUGCGUCGCCUGUUCACAUUAUUCUGUCGCUAUCUUGCCCUCUGUAUCUACUUCGAUCAGGACCUGUUCUUUUGGAUGCCAAGAGGAAUUCCCGAAAACAGAGAUGACUAUAUUCUUGGUGGCGACAAUUUCUUCUUAAAAAGUCUGCCCUGUCUUCUCGUAGGUCGGUGUAGCAAUGAUGCGCAUGCGCAUACUCAAGCUGUGCGAGCGACACUUUUGCGACUUCACUGGGUCCUGGUUCAAAUCGUCCCCGAUUAUUGUACCCUUUCCUCCUACCAUGACAUCUUGGCCAUCAUUGGUGUAGCAACUAGAGUUGAUGACCCAUCAGAGUGGCCUCCGAUGUAUGGCAGUAUUGCAGAAGCAUACACAGUGAGGCGAUUCUGGUCCUCGUUCUGGCAUCUUCUCAUCUACCGAUCGUUUUCUACGUUCUCAAAAUCAAUCUUGGCUAUUUUGGGUAUCAGUGGGCGUCACCCUAUUAGCAGAUACACGCACAACAUCUUGGUGUUUCUCCUAUCUGGCAUCAUGCACGAGAUCGUCCCAUGGUUGCUCACUCCAGAUCAGUGCAUGAAGUGCGGGUGCCAUCAUCAGAUCUGGAGGUUCGUUCUACAGGUCUUUGGGAUGAUGGUGGAAGGUGCUGUUCAAUUUGUGUGGAUUAAGCUCGAGAGAUGGCUCUUUGGGCCUGGAGUGGAACAGGUUCGCUUGUACGUCGCCAUGAAGAGAUGUCUAGGAUACAUGUGGGUGCUGUUCUGGUUGAUAUGGGUGGCCGAGCAGACCUAUUUUCCUUUUACAUACUGUUUAGCCUCAUGA